UUAAUUACAACUCUUUCUAUGUGUGGAAUUCAGUCAACAUAAUAGGAAAGUAAAUUAAAGUAGAAAAACAGAACGUGCAGUGCAAUGGACAAUUUGGAAAGAAAAUUAGGAAACCUCUGCGUUCACGUCCAUACACAUUCCACACAAAAAUCUCCCCAAACAGUAUAAUUCAGCAAGAUUUUCCAUUGAAACCUUGAAAUACAGAUCCAGUUCCAAAGCAAAAACACAGAUCACCACAACCCACAAUCCAAAAAACUCCUCAUCACCAUGUACCCACCAAAACCCACUUCAAGAUUCAUCUUUCUCACUCUAACCCUAGUCCUACUUCUCACUCUUUCCUUCACCGUAACCUCCUCUGGAGCCACCAAUGUCGACAACGACGAUGAAGACGCAGAGGGUAUUGAAGAACUAUUAGCAUUAGAUGAAGAAGCAGAAGAUCAAGAAAACCCACAUGUGAAAUCACCAGAGGCGGAGGUCUUGAGCAAGGCUCAGAAAAUAGUCAUUGAGCUCAAUCAAGAUAGCACCAAGAGGGUGAUUGACGCAAAUGAGUUUGUUCUUGUUCUGGGUUAUGCUCCUUGGUGUCCUAGGAGUGCUGAACUAAUGCCGCAAUUCGCGGAAGCUGCGACGCAGUUGAAGGAGCUGGGGAGAGAUGUUGUGAUGGCCAAGAUUGAUGCUGAGAGGUAUCCGAAGGCGGCGUCCAAUCUUGGGAUCAAGGGGUAUCCCACUAUGCUUCUGUUUGUCAAUGGCAGUUCUCAAGCCUACACUGGUGGAUUUACCUCGCAAGAAAUCGUGAUCUGGGCAGGCAAGAAAACGGGUGAAUCUGUCAUUCGAGUUAAUUCAGAUAUUCAGGCGAAAGAGUUUCUUAAGAAACAUUCGAUGUUUGCUGUUGGGCUGUUUGAGAAAUUUGAGGGAUCAGAGUAUGAAGAAUUUAUAAAAGCAGCGACUUCUCACAAUGAAAUACAAUUUGUUGAAACUAGCGAGAUGGGUGUUGCCAAUAUUCUCUUCCCAAAUAUGAAACUUAGUUAUCCUUUUGUUGGUCUUGUUAAAAGUGAGCUUGAUAGAUACACGACAUUUGAAGGCACCUUGAAAAUGGAGGACAUAUUGCAGUUUCUGGACGUAUACAAGUUUCCAUUAGUCACUACAGUGACUGAACUGAAUUCAGUCAGAGUUUUUUCCACUCGUAUCAAAUUCCAGGUUUACAUCUUUGCAGAGGCUGAUGACUUGAAGAACAUUGUUGAACCACUUCAAAAUGUGGCAAGAAAGUUUAAACCAGAGGUACUGUUUCUUUACAUAGAUAUCAAAGACGACAACCUUGCAAAACCUUUCCUGACUUUAUUGGGACGUGAAGAAGCAGAGGAAACUGUCGUAGCUGCUUUUGAUAACAAAAUCAGCUCAAAGUAUCUGUUAGAGUCAGACCCAACACCAAGCAAAAUAGAAGAGUUCUGCUCGGGGGUUCUGCAUGGUACUCUAGCACCAUUCUACAAGUCACAGCCAAUACCAGAUAAUACAGAGGGUAGCAUUCAGACCAUUGUGGGCAAGACAUUUGAUGAGUUAAUUCUGAGCAGUCCGCAGAACACUUUUCUCGAGGUACACACACCGCGGUGUAUCACCUGUGAAGCCACAAGCAAGAAGGUAGAGAAGCUAGCAAAGCAUUUUAAAGGAUUGGAUGAUCUGACAUUUGCAAGGAUAGAUGCUUAUGCAAACGAACACCCAAAACUGCAGGUAAAUGACUACCCAACGCUUCUGUUCUAUCCAGCCCAUGACAAAUCCAAUCCGAUAAAACUUCCUACGAAAUCAAGCUUGAAGGACUUGGCAACACUUAUCAACAAAAAUCUGAAAACGGAUCAUGAAACGAAAGAUGAACUAUAGAAAAUGGAGCGAUAGAUUCUCUUCGGAAAGAAGAAACGAAGAUGGAAGUAAGUUGAGGUCUAUAAUUAUAUUAAUAGAAAUCAUCAAAAUAUUACAAGCGCUUACGAUAUUUGAAACAUGAUUAAUUAAAUUUAGAUCACAGUUUUUUAAGCAGUGACAGAAACAAUCACUAGAAAGGCCCUUGACACUGGGAAAUUUCUUUAGAUCAUUUGCUGCUGCACCCUGGAAUUUACGGUACUUCCCAUAUUUAGGAGUUUGGAAUUUUGUAUGGGUAUUGUGUAAAAUAGUGGUAUACUAUUGAACUAUCUAAAUUGUGUGAUCUUUAUAAUGAAAAUAUGGAAAAAAAUAUAGCAUGGUUCACCCAAAAA